GUGGCUAACGGCUAACAGUGCUCGCGAAGGUGCGAGCACACUGCGCCAAAACACAUCCAAAUUCUUCCAAGUUGAUAUUAAGUAAAGUAUAUGCGUCUGUGCAUUGUUUUUGAAUCAUAAAUCAAAGAGGCUACAAACUACCGAAGAUGUCUAAAAGUCUGACACUGGGAAAAGAAGAAAACAACUAACGCCGCUCAGGUGAGCUCCUGUCCAGGCACAUUGGUCCAUGUUUGUUGGACCUUUGGGCUCUGGGCUCAACUAGCAUGAAGAUGGCUGAUUCAGAGAAGGCAGAGGAAUUUGUGGAUGCUGAGUGCCCCAUAGAGUGCCUUGAUGAAGCGCAAUCAGCCACAACUUCUGCUCAGGGAGAGCAGGAUGACCAACUGAAAACAGAGACUACCACCAGUACCAGCUCGCCACCAAGGGAAAAGGAGGCAGACAGCCCCUUGAAUACAGAGGGCGAACAGAGUCUCCUCUCCAUGCCAUGCUUGAUGAAGGAGCUCCGCAGAGACUCCCCAGAGUCCCAGCAUGCCUCCACGGGGAGUGACAAGCCUGUAUCUCAUCAUAUCUAUGAGAGUGACUCCUCAAACCCCUGCAUGCUCUCCCCCUCAUCCAGUGGCCACCUUGCUGAUUCAGACACACUCUCCUCAGGUGAAGAAGGUACUGCUCCUCGCGUAGGAGAGGAGGAGGAGGGCAGCAUGGAAGCUGCAAAUGAUCCUGGGCAGGCAACAGGAAGGCAAACAUCUGCUGCGGGAGGGAGGAAGUCUCGGCGGUCACGUUCGGAGAGCGAGAUGCCUCCUAAUGCAAUGGCUGCAAAGAAAAACCGAUGCCAGCCAACGAUGGUUGCAGCGGGAGGGCAGGAAAAACAAACCAAUGGCAAGCUGGCAAAAGUUAAAGGUCACCGGAGCCAGAAACACAAGGAGCGAAUGCGUUUGCUGAGGCAAAAACGAGAGGCAGCAGCACGGAAGAAGUAUAACCUGCUGCAGGACAGCAGUACGAGUGACAGCGAGCUAACAUGUGACUCCAGCACCAGCUCGUCUGAGGAUGAGGAUGAUGACACUUCAGGAGGUAGCAAGACAAUCAAGACAGAUAUUUCAGACGGGCCUCCAGUAGUGGGUCACUAUGAUAUUUCAGACACUGAUUCUAACCAGGAGAGUAUGAGUGUGGAGACAGUCCGGCCCACGGUGAUAAAGCAUGAGCUAAAAACACACAGAGGCCAGGAUAUGGCAGCUCACUCUGGGUGUAUAAGAGCUCUGAGCUCUAUCUCAGGCCACGUGGAGGCAGAGCUGUCGCACAAGGAAAGUUCUCAGCACAACAAGGGCCAGAUUAACAUCGCUUCCUCUGACAGUGAGGUGGAAAUAGUCGGAGUGCAAGAGAAAGCACGAUGCGCCCACCCAUGCGGCGGGGUGAUUAAGAGUCUGUCCUCCUGGAAGGAGAACUCAGUGGAGCAGUUAAACAGCACAAAUCAGCCACAGCUCUGGACUACUGUUUCCCCUCAGCCCAACUGGGUUUCCCCUCCCGAAGUGGUGGACCUCACACUGGACGAGGACGCCGGACACAAAUACCUACUUUAAACAACUUGUACACUGAAGACUCCUUGUUUCUUCCUCUCACUCGUCCUCCUCAUCCCUCUCGCCUUGCCUCCAUGCUACGGCUGAAAUCCUUCCUAUAGUUGCGGCCUCACCUUAAACGGCUCAUGGACUCUUCCUGCUCCAGGGCACUGUUUGUUUUUAACUUACUGUUAAACAGUCAUAUGUAUCAAAGCCAUUCUACUGAUGUGAUUCCCUGAUCCUGGCUUGUCAGCGCUGAAUUUAGUUAUAAUAAAAUGGCACAGCACUUCAAGUGCAGGUGGAAGCAUAUGUACGAGGGAUUUAUCUGUUAAUGAUAGCAAUAUCCUACCUUCAUUUAAUACCUCAGUUACCCCUUGUUAGCGGAUGUAGGUUGUCAUUUUGAGUUGUGUGCUUGCAAGCUGUAUAGUGAAAAACAAGUCACUGCUUGAGAGCAGGUCAGUAUCACGUCAUGGCUGUUGACCUGCUUCACUACAGACUCUGAACGACAUAUUUUCAGACUUGAUUCGGCAUUUUUAUCUGCGUUCCCUGCGCUCAAGCCAAAAGGGCAGCUGGUGCACUUCCUGUUGCACAGUAGACCAUAGAUUGAUGGCAAGGUUUGCUUUGUACCUCUCUAGGGUCAGUUUUGUUUUCAAAAAGUCUCACCACUGGUUUCACAGUUCAGUCUACAUUGAUUGCUUUGCUUUACUGUAUUCUGUCCAGCAUAGGUGCAGCCUAUGCUCUGGUGCUGUCAGGGAGGGUUUUGGUUUAUCUUAAAGGAGUAGUUUGGCAUUUUGGGAAAUAAUGUUAUUUGCUUUCUUGCCAGGAGUUAAAUAUCAGGCUGCAGCCAGCCGCUCCUUAGCCUAGCUUAGCACGAAGACUGGAAACAGGAGGAUACAGCUAGCCUGGCGCUGCCAAAAGGUUACACAAUCCACCUGAAAGGCUCACUAAUUAACGUUUUACAUUAAUCCACACAAAAACCCAAAUGUAACAAAUUCAGCACACUGUUUUCAGGGGGUUAUGUGCCUGAGUAUUCCUUUGCCAGGCACAGUAAUUUCCCAGAGUCUCCACUGGUCGCCUGUCAGCUCCUCGGAGCCAAGAAAUAGUUGGACAGAGCAGGGCUAGCUGUCUCCAGUCCAUGUGCUAAACUAACCUGCUGCUUCACAUUUAAUGGAGAGACAUGAGAUCUUCUCAUCGAGCAUUAACCCCUCAGCAGAAAGCAUAUAUACAUAUUUCCCAGUGUUUCUUUUGAAUUAAAUUUACAGCUUUUGUUUCUGUUGCUACUAUCAUAUUGCUACAGAUUUUUCCCUUAUUCAAUCAGAAUGCCACUGGUUGUAUAUUUCCCUCAGAGUUUGAGUUCAAACGCACUUGUUACAAACACACUACAAAACCCAACUCAAUUCCACCACAGCAGUGCUAUAUGUGGUGGUGGUGGUUUAUUGUUAAUAGAAAUGAUGCAUCUUUUGAUUUGAGGCACAUUUUAUGUUGGAAGCCACGGAGUCUGAGAGUGUCCCAGGUGAUGUAGUUAUUAGUGAAUGUAUGAGCCUGCAGUGCUGACUGGGUGCACUUCUUAUUUGCAUGCUUAUCCUGAGUGGAUGCAAACACCUUUAAACCUCUGGGGACCCCUUUAUAACAACUGAGGAAAUGUAUUUUCCACUGAAUACUGCAACGCAAGAUGGCCUGAAUGCCUUGAAAUGUGCACUAUUUUCUUUUAGAAUUGUAUAAAGCUUAUUCUUUUACCUUACAGAGCAGUGGAUUUUGCUAUCUCAACAAUAAAUAUUUUAAUAAUAGAUGUGAAUUUAGCGCACAUAUAAAAAGAGUAAAAGUGGUUUUGAGUUUGUGCCCACAUGUGGGGCGUUUAUAGAAGAGUCUUUUACUGUAGGAACUAUUUUUACCCUGAUCCUCAGGGCAUGCUUGCUCUCUUCCCCUGUGGUCUUAUUUCUGUUCUCAUGCAGUACUACAGCCACGUUGGCAUUUUUUUUUAAUCAAUUAUCCAACUUGACACACUGUUUUAACACUUGAGAUUUGUUUUAUUGCAUAUUCAAUAACCCCUACCUUCUUAAGUGACGCUUGAGAAUUGUAGAAUCAAAUUAUUUUACUUCUGCUGGCCACAGAAGGGAAGGGAAAAUCCUAAAUACAAGGAACUAAACCAAAGUCUAAAUGGAAUUUUUGUUUUUAGUUUGUUUUGUCGCCCCGGUUUGAAAAUUGCUUCCUGUCUGUUCUUUGAAAUUUGCUCUGUAAGUCUAAAUCUUUUCAUUUGGAAGCAUUUGUUGUGAAAUGAAUGACAUGAAUUCUGUUUCAAACUCAAGAUACAGUUCAGUAUAGUUCAGUAUAAUGUGAUUCUUUUUGUUUUCCUUUGGCCAGUUCUUUCCACUAUAUUCAGCUACCACUGUAAUGAUAAUUCUCUUUACCAGACCACUUCUGCUUGCAAAAUCCAUUUUGCUACUGUUCCUUAGGAUAAUUAUGAAAUGUUAGUAAGACUCUUUAGUGAUAGAGGUUUGGUAGAAAAUUAGGGCAGUGAUGCUCGACUGUGGUUGCACAUAGCAUGUUUGGUCACAUCUUUAACCUCAUGUCAGAUAUUAUCCUCAUUACCAGUAAUUUAGCCUUGCUCUUCUGUUAAUUUUGUUUUAUUUUAUUGUCAGUAUUUUAAAUUAACAAAAAAAAAGGUGUUUAUUUUGUUGCUUCUGCAAAGUCCUUGACUUCCUUGAAAUUAUGUCUGUAGAACAAAAAGAAACUAUUUUAAAACUAAAUAAAUAGAGCAUUAUUUAAUGAC